AUGGACAAGACUCUCGACGAGGUCAGUCGCCGCCCUCGACGCCGCCACCGCCCGUCGCUGACGAACCACGUCGCUCAGAUCAUCACCACCCGCCCGAAGGGCAUCCGCCGCUCGACCUCCCGCCGUGGUGGCGCGAAGGCUGCCGUCCUGGGCAGCCCGACGAACCCCGCCACGCGUGCGCGCGCUGCCGCCAACGGUGCGAAGGGCACCCCUGCGGCGUCGCAGCAGCAGCCUGCGGACAAAAUCAUCGUUUCGAACCUCCCGACGGACGUAAAUGAGACGCAAGUCAAGGAAUUGUUCCACACGACGGUGGGCCCGCUGCGGAGCGUGACGCUGCACUACGACUCGCAGGGCCGCUCGAAGGGCGCCGCGGCGGUGCACUUCCAGAGGCUCGGCGACGGCACGAAGGCGUUCCAGCAGUACAACAAUCGCUUGAUUGACGGAAGUCAGUAUUCGGUGCUUUACCCUCUCCUUUCCUUCCACCCCCUCCCCCCUUAG